AUGGUGGAGCGUAAUGGGAAUCUACCAGAGGCUGAAAUCGGCUUCUAUAGCGGCCUGAUUGAGUCUCUUUUCUCUGCCACGCAGGCUUUGGUCUUGGUGUUUUGGGGCUCUAUGGUAGACCGAGUAGGCGGUAAGACUAUGCUCGUCUGGAGUCUUCUGGGCACCGCAGCCGGGUCUGUUCUUUUUGGGUUUGCUUCCUCUUUAUGGACAAUGACAUUAUUCCGGUGCUUUACGGGACUGGUAUCGGGAGGCAAUGUUGUCAUAAGGGCGAUGAUAGCGGAGCGCUGCGCAACGACCGAGUUGAGGACCCGGGCAUUCAGCUGGUAUUCCUUGGCGAGCAAUUUGGCACUAUUCCUUGGCCCUCUGAUCGGCGGCGCGCUUGCUAACCCGGUGAGCCAAUAUCCAGCGGUAUGUAGGGGCAUGGAAUUGUUUGAGGCCUUUCCAUUUGCAUUGCCGGGGAUAGCCUUGGGAGCCAUGAGCGCCACGAGUGCAGUCAUCAUCGCAUUCUGCGUCGACGAGACGAGACAAGAAAGGGAGUCUGUUUCGUACGCCGACGAUCUUGCCACUCCAUCAGGUUUUGGCUGGGCUUCCAUAUGGGAUCUGGUCAAGGCGCCGGGCGUUGGAGCUAUGCUCUGCACCUUCGUCCACGUCAUGCUGAUUGGGUCCGCCUUCAUGGCUGUUGGGAGUCUUACUCUAUAUACAGGAGUACGUCGUGGUGGGAUGGGAUUCUCGGCCCAUCAGAUUGCCAUGUACAUGGCGGUGCAGGGUGCUGCCGAGGCUGUCUGGCUCUUGCUUCUAUUUCCUCCUCUGCACCGUCGAUUUGGCACCCAGGGUAUCAUCUUUGCCGGUGUCGUCGCAUUUCCCCUCUUCUUUGCCGGCUAUAUCGUAAUGAACGCCUUCCUUCGCAAUGGAAGUCCAGCGGCCUUUAUGUCGUAUCAAGCUGUGUUGGGCGCAAUGACACUCCUGGGACCUGGUGUCUUCAUGGUCAUUACGGCAGUGCAGCUGGGACUUCAAGAAGUAGCGCCUAACCCGCGCACAUUGGGGACUCUCAAUGCAAUUGCAGAAUCAGCUUCUAGUCUUGUUCGAGCUGUGGUUCCGGCCAUUAGUACAAUAAUCUUUGCAAUUGGUGUCCGUGAUCAGAUCAUGGACGGCUAUCUUGUCUGGGUCAUCCUGAUUCUGCUCGGUGGUUCUCUUGCUAUUAGUGCUACACAGCUUCCAACAAGCAGGAAUUUGUAG